CUGACGUCACCCUCCCUCCCCCUCCCCUUAGCAACAGAGGCAACAUGGCGGCGUCCAGUAACGCGGAGCAUUCUCCAGAGAUAUCGACGCCGUUAAAGAUACCGAAAACCGAGGUGCCAUCCCCCGAGUCGGAGGAUUUGAGUGACAGUAAUCAAUACCACUCCAAUCCCUCGACCCCUAACCGCUUCUCGCCUUUGAACGUGGGCUCGGGGACCGCGGGCCGGACGGCGGCCUCAUCCUCCUCCAACAGCUUCACGGCUUGCCGAGGGAUGUCGUGGACGCCGUCCGAGACGAACGCCCUCAUCGCGGUCUGGGGCAACGAGAGGCUGACGGAGGCGAGGAUGCAACAGCUGGAGGUGGCCGGCACCGUGUUCUCCGGCAAGGCCCCCGGUCCUGCCAUGUACGAGCGGGUGUCCAGAGCCCUGUCCGAGCUGGGAUACGAGAGGACCCCGUCCCAGUGCCGGGAGAGGAUGAAGACGCUGCGGCGCUGCUACAGCCGUGUGAAGGAGCAUGGCAUCGGCAAGAGGAAGAGCAGCUACACUAUAGAGCAGCUGGAGAAGGUGUUCGGUCAGGGAGGCUGGGACUCCCAGAGCUGUGCGCCUGUGCUGAUUAACAGCAGUGGGCUGUAUCAGGAGAUGGAGUCUGAUGGCAGCACCCUGGAGGACUUCUCCCAAGAGGACUGGUGCAACCAGGUGCUGGACUCGGCAUUCCAGGAGGGAGACAUGGAGACGGGUAAGACGCGUGUCAGCAAACAGAGGACAGAUAAAGAAAUCCAGGUGCCUAAAAACAGAGCUCUACAGAUUCAAGCAGAGCUCUCAGAACAAACCCAAAAAAGGGACAUGAUGCAGACUGUGAUACGUAUUCUUGAGUCAGUGGAGCUGAAGUGGGAGCACUUCCAGACAUGGACUGAGUUCUCACGGCUGCACCUCUCCAACAAGCUGGCCAUCUUUGGAGUGGGCUACAAUACGCGCUGGCGUGAGGACGUGCGUUACCACUUCGCUGAAAUCAGCUCACAGGUGCCGCUGGGAAAGAGGCUCCGCGAGUACUUCAACCCGGAGAAACCCGAGGGCCGGAUUAUCAUGACCAAAGUUCAGAAGAUGAACUGGAAGAAUGUCUACUACAAGUUCCUGGACAUUACCAUCAGUGAGGCGCGCUGCCUGGAGCUGCACAUGGAGGUGGACUGGGUCCCUGUGUCCCAGUCCAGAGCGACAGGCUGCAGCAAAGGAGCUUCUCACUACCUCCUCCCUGGGGACAUCCCCAAGGCUUAUGGACUAUACGCUGUUGGCUACGAGGCGUUGUCCUCUAGCAACACGGCUCAGAUCUCUCCCCAGAGUGAUAGUGAAGAUAACAGCUUACCUCAGUGUGGUUCGGAAAACGGGGCUCAGAGUCAGUCUGAUGGAGAAGGAGUGGGACAGGGGGACAGGACUGGAGCGAAAAUCACUUACUGCUACUUGGGCAUAGCCGAGGACAGGACCAUACAGCAGUGUCUGUUCCAGCACUUUCAGGGUUCUGGCAAACACUACGUCCACGGUGAGCCCUCCAGCGUGACGCGUUUCCUGCAGGAGAACUGUCGCACUGCCCGAACAAGUCAGGACGGCGAGGGAGGUGAAGACUCGCCUCAGCGUUUCGCAAUCUACAUCAAAUUCAUUGAGGUGGAGCUGGACUUCCUCUCAGCCGGCUCCCUGGUGGAGUGUCUCGAAACUGCUGUCGGUUACUCCUUGAAAUACAACAACAAAGAGCCGCUGUAACUACCACUCAGUGGUUCAGAUUUGUACUGACUCAACGUAUAACUAACAAACGUUACCGCCAGCAAGGCGACAUGAAAGGUGGCCAGCUCAGCCUGUUGUAAAGCAUGGGUGUGUGCAAGAGUCUUUCUUAUUUUUCAAGCUGCAGCUAAUAAUUUUUUUCGCUAUCUUGUCUGCCAUUGUAUUCCCGAUGAAUUGGUUUUGACCAUAGAAUGUCAGACACUAGUGAAGGAUGCCAGCUGUAAUUUUCCGCAGCCCAAAAGGAUGCGUUCAGAUCACUUGUUUUAUUCAAGAAGCAGCCUAAAAGGCAAACAUCUUCCAUUUCCAUUCAGCUUUGGCAGACCCAGCGAAUAAUCUCGUUUGAAAAACAACAAAAUGUUUGGAUUUUUGUUAAAAAAUUAUUUAUAAGGUGUGUCAGUUAUCAGAAUAUAUGCUGAUUAUUUUGUCUGUUGAUCAAUCAGAUUUAGCAGCUGAUGUUUCUUUCGACUCUUAUGUAAACGAACGAAGAUGCACAAUAUUGCAAAUAUGUUGCGUGCAAAAGGGGGAUCUGUAGCUUACGCAUUACAGAGCUUCACCAUCCAAGAAGUAUGUACUCGUUAUUUUAGGCUGAUGUGCACUACAAUGUUUUGCUGCUUGUUUAGUGUAGAUAAAAAUUGCCUCAUCAGGGAGUGUAGAGUUGGCAGGGUGACCACUGCAGUAUGCAUUCGUCUACCUCUGUAGGAUGUAGCAAACAAGGCAGCGAGGGGACCAUAGCGUGUAUUUAUUCUGAAGCUGCCUUUACUUUGACUGUUGAGGUCUGGACCUUAAUUUUACAAGGCGUCUAAGAGUAUCGGCUGAUUUAUGCCUUAUGUUUUGCACCUGUUACCGGGGUUGUUGCUAGGGAUGCUUCCGUACAAAGUACAGACAAGAAGCAAAGAGUCAGUAUUAACUGGUACAAUGCAGACAGCAUUGGGCAGUGUGUGCUCUGUGACUGGAUGCUGGAAACAUUUCACACAACUUAGAGUGGCUGAAUCUACAUGGAAAUGAUGAAGUGAAGGUUUAUUUCAGCAUUUCCACUAGGGAGGUCAUGAUACUAUAAAUUUGGUAGUUACAAAUAUCACUAAAUAAUAAAUCGAUGUCUUUCAGCAAGACGAUUAUUGAGCACCUGUGGUACUUGUGACAUCUACAGUACUGUAGGGAAAAAAAUACCAACAUGUUUUCAGAGUUUUGGCAUCAAAAGUGAUUCUCAUGGCAUCCCUUGUCUCUACCAUUUGCUGACCAUGUUUCCCAUCCAGAUGAAGAAACGCCACCACCAAACGGAGCACGCUUUUUAAGCUGUGUGCGUGUCGCUCUCCUGCUGACCUUUGCUUUGUCUCUUCUAGCUCUAAUGCACAUUGAAAUGCUCGACUAGGUUGGCGGCGUUCAGUUUAGCACGCACACGUGCAAAAUCUGUCAUUCACAGCACUGAGUUUUGUCUUUGCUCGACAUUCCGAAAUACUGCCAGGUUGCUAUGAUUUUUGUCCUUGUGUGUGUUUUUAUGCCACGGUAUCAGCCAAAAUGAGAAUUCAUUGACAUUACGGCGGAGCGUAACCGUCGGUUAGCCGGUAUGAAUGAGUGGCCAGUACUCUGGAGCAUCUCUAGCUGCAGCUGUGGGCUUGUGGGUAUAGGGUGACUGGACUGACUGCAUUGAGUUACCAGCGCCUCCCACAUUACUGGUAUUGCAAAUGCAGAGAACACUACAUCUUGCCUGUGUUUGUGAUAAUCUGUUUGCUUACAGGUAUAAACCAGAGCACUGAUCUACAGCUGCAGAGGUUAACUCAUCCUCGACCAAUCAUCAAACUUUAUGAACACGAUUCUUGAGGUUAUGUGCAAUGUGCCAGGAAAGGACUGUGUAGAAAAGAAACAACGAGCAAGUCCAUAUUGAAUCUAUGUAUAUGAAAUCUAUCUUCUAUAUCUAUAAUAUAUAUAUUUAAGAAUAUCAAUGUUCUUGAGCAUUCCGGCUUUUGCAAACUUGCAAUGUUCAUUUGUUUGGGUAUACAGUAUAUAAAGAUAAAUAUAAUAUUUUCUAUUUUAUUGGUUGACACCAUGUCUUGUAUGUGAUUGUUUCAAAGUCACCGUCUUGUAUGUUUACAUGUUUGACAAACAAUAAAUGGGGCACUCACUGUCAUUUGCCGCACAGUGA